GUCGGUUGAUGAGAGUGGAAGACUCAAAGUCAAAGUCCUCUCACCAUCCCCAACAAUACUUCUGGUUUGCAACCAGUUAAGACCUUUUCCAUCACCGCAUCCUUCUCCUUCACUGUAAAAACACCUCUCUUUCUCCAUCACUGAUCAUCUCACGUUCUUGAUCAACAGGAAUGGUAAAGUUACGAAAAUACCCUUUUCUUAUGCUUCUACUGAUCUACCUUGGAAUCCAAGUAGAAUCAGAUGCCAAUGAUCAUCGCUACAGUAAAGGUGAUACAGUCCCCUUCUAUGCCAACAAAAUUGGGCCAUACUUUAAUUCUAGAGAAACAUAUGCUUAUUAUGAACUUCCAUUUUGUUCUCAAGAUGUUGUUAAAGAGAAAAAGCUUAAUUUAGGAGAAAUGUUGAAUGGAGAUCGUCUUGUUUCAACUCCAUAUAAGCUUGAAUUCCUUGUGGAUAAAGAUUUUGAAGUAUUAUGCAAUAAGACACUGAGUAAAAUAGAUGUUUCUAAUUUCAGAAGGGCGAUAGAGAAGAACUACUUUAUGCAAUUGCACUAUGAUGACUUGCCAAUAUGGGCAUUUAUAGGAAUGAGAAAUGACGGAAAUUAUAAUGGAAGGAUCAAGACAGUGUAUUCCCUUUACAAACAUUUUGAUUUCGAGGUUUUUUACAAUAAGGAUCAAGUUAUUAAGGUCAUUCUACAAAUGGCAAAUUCAUUUACAGACGUUACAGAAGACAAGGAAGUUGAUGUUGGCUUCACAUACUCUGUUAAGUGGACAAUGACACAACAAUCAUUUGAUAGGAGAAUGGAGAUAUACAUUGAUUCUACCAUUUUACCUCACAACAUGCCGAUACAUCAUCACUCAAUUACAUUCUCAAGUGUCACACUCCUCAUUCUGAUCGUUUCCUUACUCACAUUUUACUUACUCGUCCUUCGCAAAGACAUUUCCAAGAACUCAGUCGAUGUAGAAGAGGAUCAAGUGAUAAGUAAUCAAGAAGAGAUUGGAUGGAAUAAUGUUCAUGGUGAUGUAUUUAGAUUCCCACAACACAAGUCUUUAUUUGCUGCGGCUCUUGGUGUUGGCAGCCAGUUGCUAUUACUGAUCGUAGCAAUUCUUGGUCUUGGGGUCGUAGGUGUUUUUAAGCCUUAUAUGCGAGGAGUAUUCUGGAACGCACUUAUCAUUGUAUAUGCAGUUACAUCUUUGGUCUCAGGAUAUACUUCUGUUUCUUUCUAUUGUCAACUCGAAGGAACCAAUUGGAUAAAGAACCUAUUAGUGGCAGGAGGAUUAUAUUUCGGGCCUCUCUUUCUUACUUUUACUUUCCUAGAAAAUGUUGCCAUUUAUUAUGGAUCAACUACUGCAUUGCCAGUGAGAGCAAUAGUCAUGUUAUCUCUCUUGUGGAUAUUCAUAGCAUCACCAUUGCAUCUUUUAGGAGGCAUUAUUGGGAAAACAAGAACGCCUGAAUUCCAAGCUCCCUGCAAAACCGAUAAAAUUCCUAGAGAGGUUCCUAAGUUGCGUUGGUAUAGGGGUGUUCUCCCUCAGAUGGCUUUAGCAGGAAUUUUGCCUUUCAGUGUCAUCUAUAUUCAGUUGUAUUACAUAUUUACAAGUGUUUGGGGAUAUCGGGUUUAUACACUUUAUGGUAUUAUGUCCAUAGUCUUCUUUCUUCUUCUGAUCAUGACUGCUUUAGUUUCGGUGGCACUUACAUUUUUCCAGCUUGCAGUUGAAGAUCAUCAAUGGUGGUGGAGGUCGUUUCUGUGUGGAGGCUCUACUGGAUUGUAUAUAUAUGUUUAUUGCAACUAUUAUUAUUUUGAGAGAUCAUACAUGAAUAGUUUCUUGCAGAUCUCUUUUUUCUUCGGCUAUAUGGCAUGCGUCUGUUUCGGCAUAUUUCUUGUACUGGGAAGUGUGGGUUUUCGUGCCUCAUUUCUCUUUGUUCGUUACUUGUACGCAGCUAUAAAGUGCGAUUAAUAGAACAAUACGUACAUUUAAUAGAGUUUGUUGAGAUAUAUUUCUGUUGAUUAAGCUCAGGAUAAAUGCAAGAACAUUGCAUGUUCCGUGUAACCUGACGAGUGUUCAUUUCUCCUUUUGAAAUUAAUCUCUCCUAUGACAUCUAUAUAAAUCCAUAAUGUCCUUUUAAAGUUUUAGUUUUUCA